AUGGGUAAAAAGGCUAACAAAUCCAACAAGGCUUCCUCUCAACACAAAGCAACAUCUACAUCAUCCAAGAAUGAUUCGGAUGGUUGGGAUGAAGUGGCUGCAAUGGCUGCUCAGAAUGAGAAAGUAGAAAGUACAAAGAAUACAACAAGUAAUUCAUCCUUGUCAUCUCCGAGCCAAAAUACAACAGCCAAUACAAAGAAGGAAGAGAACAAUAGUACUAGUUUGACAUCAUCAUCAUCUACCUCAUCACCGUUCAAUGAUCAACAAGUUCGUCAUUUGAUAGAAACACUCUCUGCAAGAUUAAAGAAAGAAGAGAAGGACGAAUUAGAGAGAAUUGAACAACAAACUGUGAAAACAAUAUCGGAAUUGAAAGAUGAGAUUAUUCAGAAGAUGAAUGAUUCAUCUCCCAGUGAAGCCAAAUUGAAGAUUGUAGAUACCAUAUUGGAUCGACAUUUUUCAGGAACUGUUGCAAAACACAAUACUGAUUUAAAAAGAGAGAAUGCAAUUUUAUGUCGUAGAUUACAAGCCAGUGAGACAAGAGGAUUGGAGUUGGAAAGACAACUCUCUGUCUACAAAGAACAAAAUGAAAAAUUGCAACAAUAUUGCACGUUAUUGCAGAGUAGUAAUGAUGAAAUACUUAAGGCUUAUGAAAAAACUAAAGCAGAGCAUAAUGAGAAGUAUGAUGGUUUGAGUAAGAAAUUUUCUGACGCUCUGGAUGAUAUUCGCUCAAAACUUGAUUUACAAGCCAUGGAGAGACUCACACUUGAAAAAGAAAGAGAGACUCUACAAACCCAAGUUGAGAUUUACAAGCAGCAAUUGGAACUAAUUUCCAAGCAAGGUCAAACGGAGCAAAAACGAGUAGGCCUCGAAAAGCAAUUAUUCGAAAGCAAGCUCGACGAAGUUAUUGAGGCUUUGAAGAAGAAAGAAAAGGAAAACAUAACUCUUAAAAAGAAGGUUGAAUCUGCCAAUCAUGAAAGAAAUAUCAUGGCCAAACAACUCAAGACCUCACAAUCAAAAAUGGAUGAAUUUACAAAGACUGUGAAAGAAACCAAGAAUAGCUUUGUUUUAUUCCAAAACAAAAUAACGCAAUUAGAAGAGGAAAAUAAGUCGUUAAGGGAAAAGAUGAAAAAUCUUCUUGGAAUUCAGGCACCAGAAUCUAAUGAGUCCAAGAAAAAGAGCAAGAAAAAGUCUGAAGAGUCACAAAAAUCCCCAAUUAUUGAGGACGCCACACAAUCUUCAACCACUACUCCUAACGAAGAAACCUCUCCAGUUGCUGGUGUCAACUCUGUACAAUAA